GUGGAGAAGAACCUGGACUUCAACAUGAAUGCAGAGGUGUCUGUGUUUGAGGUGAACAUCCGAUUCGUCGGAGGACUGCUAUCCGCUUAUUACCUGUCUGGUAAAGAGGUGUUUCGUAGGAAGGCUGUGGAGCUGGGAGAGAAGCUGCUUCCAGCCUUCAGGACUCCCACUGGAAUCCCCUGGGCUCUGCUCAACCUCAAGACUGGUAUAGGGAGGAACUGGCCGUGGGCGUCCGGAGGCAGCAGUAUUCUGGCAGAGUACGGGACCCUGCACCUGGAGUUCAUGCACCUCAGCAAGCUGUCUGGCAACCCCGAGUUUUCCCAGAAGGUGAUGAACAUCAGGAAGGUUCUGAACCGUCUGGACAAGCCCCAGGGCCUGUACCCCAACUACCUAAACCCCAACAGUGGCCAGUGGGGCCAGCACCACGUGUCAGUAGGAGGUCUGGGAGACAGCUUCUAUGAGUACCUGCUGAAGGCCUGGCUCAUGUCAGACAAGACUGACGAGGAGGGAAAGAAGCUGUACUACGAUUCUCUCCAGGCCAUCGAGACCAGUCUGAUCCGCAAGUCUAGCGGGGGUCUGACCUACAUAGCCGAGUGGAAGGGGGGUCUGCUGGAGCACAAGAUGGGUCACCUGACCUGCUUCGCGGGGGGCAUGAUCGCCCUGGGGGCGGACGGUGCCGCAGGAGAGCAGACCGGCCACCAGAUGGAGCUGGCCGCAGAGAUAGCACGCACCUGCCACGAGAGCUACGCCAGGACUACUCUGAAGCUGGGUCCCGAGGCGUUCCGCUUCGACGGCGGCGUGGAGGCCAUCGCCACGCGGCAGAACGAGAAGUACUUCAUCCUGCGUCCGGAGGUGGUCGAGACCUACAUGUACAUGUGGAGGUUCACCCACGACCCCAAGUACCGGGAGUGGGGCUGGGAGGCAGUCCAGGCCCUGGAGCAGCACUGUCGGGUGGAAGCGGGGUACAGUGGAGUCAGAGAUGUCUAUGGCUCCUCCCCCAGCCAUGAUGACGUUCAGCAGAGCUUCUACCUGGCCGAGACGCUCAAGUACCUGUUCCUUUUGUUCUCUGACGAUGACCACCUGCCGUUUGAUCAUUGGGUGUUCAACACAGAGGCCCACCCUCUCCCUGUCAUAAAGGAGAACACAGAGAGGCCCAACCUUCUGGAGUAGACCCCUAUGACCCCUAUGGGGGGGGGGGGGGGGUUCAGGGUCAGGGGUCAUGGGGUCAUAGGGGUGAGAGCACUGGAGUUCAGUGCUCUCAUCCGGUGGUGAGAGCACUGAACUCCACCUUGCUGCACUGAACUCCACCUUGCUGGUCCAGUGCACAGCAGCCCUCGGCUCAGCAUUCGACCCAGCAGUCUGCAUGCUGACCACCCCAACUCCUCUGCCCUGUGUGUCAGUGUGUGCAUGCUCCUGUGUGUGCUUGUGCGGUGGGUAAACCAUGGCCGAAUGAAUGGUGGGUGAACCGACACAAUGUAAUCUAGCCGUGCUUCAUCUAAGUGCAGUGUGGUCCCACGAGACAGUCCAGCGGGGUCUUAGCGGUAGCUGACAGCAGUCCAGUCUUAAAUAGUGCCUUUUCUGUCCAGAACAGUCUGUAGGAUUCGCCCUUCCCAAAAACCCACUACAGGGUUCAUAGUGUCUCACUACUGGAGCUCCACCUGCUUAUCUCCCACCCCACACUGCCCUCUCGUGGACAGAGCUAUGUCUGCAGGCUGGGCUGAGAGGCAGCAUGUGUGUGUGUGUGUGUGCGUGUGCGUGUGCGUGUGUGUGUGUUGGAGCUCGUCCAGCCCCACCUGGUCCCCGAAGCACUGUACCUUCUGAAGAAGAAGCAAAUCACACCUCGUUCACCACCAAAGCGUAGCACCAUCUAUUUCAGUUGUUUCCCUGUAAUAAGUGGGAUGUGCGUGUGUGUGUGUAUGUGUGCGUGUGCGCGUGUGUCUAUGUGAGUCCUAUAGAGCUAGCCUUCUUUAUCGACAUGCCAUUCAGUGAUCAGCCGUGUGUCUCUAUGAGAGCACUCUCUUUACCCACCACAUGUAUCUACAUGGCGGCUUGCUAUCGACAAACACGCUCCAGUGUGUUUCCUGUCUGUUAGUUUCUCUUCUGUUUUCGUUUUUUGUUUACUUUGAGGUGGUAGUGGCAGUAAUUUGCGUGAUGACGUGUAAUAGAUAGUAAUUGUUAAUUUAUUCUGUUGUAUUCUUAGGAAGAUUGAAAAAGAUCAGGCCACCGGGGCUGUUUAGUGGAGUUGUAACGGAGAGAGGGGGGGGGGGGGGGGGGGGCGGGCAGAGGGGGUGAGGCCAAGCCUGUAUCUGGGAGCCAAUCUCAUGGGAGGAAUUCAACAUAUGAAUGUACCAGUGUAAUGUGAAGUGAUGAUUCUGUAUAGGUCUUCUGUUAGCAUUCUUAGUAGUUCCUAUCACUUGGAAAGCACAAAAUGCAGUUCCGCAGUGGAAGGCUGCAGCAGAGGACACGUCAGGGUCGGGGGGGGGGGGGCAGGUACACCUGGCGUCGACAUGCAGUAACGAGAUGACUGGGCGGUGCGCUGAUACACUGACAGAAACUUACUAGCAUUCACGCACUGAUGCACACACGCGCACACACACUUCAACACACACACACACUCUCAUGCCCGCGUACGUACACACUUACUCUCUCACCCAUGCGCACGCAUCAUAAACUCAGACUCGAAAUGCGAUACCAAACAAUCCUGUAGUGUCCUUGUUUCACAGAGGGAGGGAGCUGUUCCCCGUAGAGGCCUGGAUAGGAAGGGUAGUAGACAAGUAGACAGGUGUUUGGACAGGAACACAGGACACGGUUUCUCUGACACCAGUUUAAUAUAGGAACUUUCUUUACGAUUCUCUCUUCUGUUUUCUUUCUCAUGUCUUCUAUAUUUGUCUUCAGUCUUCCUCCUCGGCUCUAUGCCUUUAGUGUUCCCCUGCUCUUCUGUCCUGAGCUCAUCUCCUCUCUGUAGUCUCUCUAGUGAGACCACCUGGUCUCUAUCUUCACUGCGCGCCUCAAUCCUUCGCUGCCAUCUGUUUAGUCACGCAGAGUUUUGUGCUCGCAGGAAAGGUAUCACCCUUACAGUGUGACACUGUAGAUAUGGCAUCGCUGCAUCUCCAGUCUGUUCACAAACACCCCUGAGCCCAAAUGGCGUUUGACUCUGCGCCGCCAUUUCCGACUUCCUCUCACGCAGGUUUUUAGGGAGAAGCACUUUUUCUAACAUAGUGAGUCAGAGAAACGUCAUUAUGAAACAAACACGAACCAGAACCUUGUUUUGUUUUUCCUGUUGGACGUGUUAGUUUGAACUUACAGAACUUAGACAACAACAGUGUUCAUCAUUUCCCCAAAAAUCGAACUUUUGUGGUUUCAUGGAUAUUGUGUUGAAGAUCUUGAAUUACAAUGCCUUUCUAUUGGUAGAUUUGUUGUUUAUUAAUUAAAUAAUGGAUUUGUGAAAAACCUCAGACAGGUUAACUGUACAAAUAUUGCUGAUAAUCAUUCCAUUGCACAUAGUUUUAUUUUCAUUUAUAUGCUAUUUUAAUUAUAUGAGGAAUUGUUAUAUAAUAUUUGUUUGUUUUUCGUGUUAAUUUGUUUUCUUGUUAUUAAAAUGUAAAUAUAUACCAUUAUGGCAAAUAUGGCCAUAUUCUACAUUUAUAUAAAAAUGGACUAUGGAUUAAAUGAUAUUACAUAAUGAGCAUCAAAUUUUUAAUAAACUAUAUUUGUUACACUU